AUGAGCGCCGCAGCGACCACAGCAAGCGUUCAGCAGCAACGGUGCGCAGCAGACAUGAGCACCCAGGGAUCCCAGGCAACGAAACACCCGUCUCCGUCCACCACGCGCCCAGAGCCACGGGACCUCUUCUGGAACCGAACCACGGCGCAGGAGCAGCCGGCCCCGCGCAGCAGCGGCGGUAGCCGCCACUCGUCGUCAUCAUCGCAACAGCAGCAGCAACAGGCUGCAGCCGCUGCCAACGAGGUACGCACCGUGCUCCUGUACGGCGUGCCCAUCGUGGCGCUGGUGAUCGAGGGCCAGGAGCGGCUCAGCCUGGCGCAGAUCUCGAACACGCUGCUGAAGGACUACUCGUACAACGAGAUACACAACCGGCGCGUCGCCCUGGGCAUCACGUGCGUCCAGUGCACGCCCGUGCAGCUGGAGCUGCUGCGGCGAGCGGGCGCCAUGCCGGUCUCGUCGCGACGCUGCGGCAUGAUCACCAAGCGCGAGGCCGAGCGGCUCUGCAAGUCCUUCCUGACGGACACGCCGCCCCCGAAGCUGCCCGAAAACUUCGCCUUCGACGUGACGCACCAGUGCGCCUGGGGCUGCCGCGGAAGCUUCGUGCCGGCGCGCUACAACUCGUCGCGCGCAAAGUGCAUCAAGUGCGCCUACUGCUCGCUCUUCUUCAGCCCCAACAAGUUCAUCUUCCACUCGCACCGACUGCCGGACUCCAAGUACGUGCAACCGGACGCAGCAAACUUCAACUCCUGGCGGAGGCACAUCAAGCUCAGUGGGACUCCUCCGGAGGACGUCAGCUACGCCUGGGAGGACGUCAAGGCCAUGUUCAACGGGGGCUCGAGGCGACGCGUGGCCGUCUCUUCUUCUUCGUCCUCAUCGUCCUCUUCUUCAGCCUCCAAGAGGGCGCGCUCCUCGGCCGGCGACAGAGACGCUCUCCAGCCGCCCAAGCCGCAGCCGGUGGCCGCUCCGCCGGCACCCUACUUCCCGGUGCUGCCCCUGUCGAGCGGCGGGCCGGCGGCGCUCUUCCCGCCUCCGCUGCUCUGCCUGAGCGGCAGCAAGGCGACCGGCGGCGGAACGCCGGUGUUCGGCGACUACGUCUGGAUGGGCGGCGGCAGUGCCAAGCCGUACGGCGCGCUAUGGCCUCCGCCGCCUCCCGGACCACCGAGGCUGCUGGCCGCCGAACCGUCGUUCGCGUCUUUGGCCGCCGACGAUGCACCGCCCGCACUGCUGGGAGGUCUGGGAGGCGGCUCGGCGCCGCUGUCCUACGCGUCAGCCUUCAGGCCCGUGGCCGGCACGGCCGUGGGCCGCGUCGCCAGGUCACCCACGCUGCGGCCUUCUACGCCCGCCUGCGACACGACCACGGACCCGAGCCGCGCUGCUUCCGGCGCGACGGGCGCGGCUGCGGGGUCCGAGGCGAGCGACGGAGCGCGUUCGGAGGACGAGGACGAGGACAGCUUCCACGGCGAGGUGGACGUCACCGACACCAGCAGCGACGACGGACGCGCGCUGGUGGCCGCCGCCGCACCGGCGCACACCAGCUCGUCGCCGCCGCCAAGCCCAGCGGCGUCGGAGGCAGCGCCCGAGAGCCGAGCGGACGCUGGCCGCACACCUGUGCCGGACACCAGUGACGCUGGCUUCGCCAACAAGCAGGACGAAGAGACGAACAAGCGCGACGCAGAGCCCGAGAACGCCGUGACGUCCGUGGUGCAACUGAUCAAGGAAGAGUGCCGGAAGCGAGACGCCCUCGAGGCGUCUUCAUAUUCGGAAGCGCAAACCUUCGACCACCCUUUGGAUCCUUCGAGUAUAUUCACACUUAGCAAAGAUGAACUGCGGGACGUCCUGCUUAGAGAAGCACAAGCCAGGAAAAAAGUGGAAAGAGAGUUCCGCCUCAUGCGGGAAACCUUUGAGGAACAAGUGCAGAAAGAGGUCGCGUACCGCGAAGAACUCGCAAAGCAGUUGCAAGUCGUGCGAGACGCCCUGUGCCAGGAGCUGGACCAAGAGCGGAAGGCUAGAUUUGCGGUUCAAGCCAAGCUGAAAGAGCUUUCCCUGCACUACCAGCAGAUGCAGCAGCGAAGCAUCCUUGCCGACACGCACGACACGAUGCAGCACCUCGCGUGCAAGAUGCUGGGCGCCAGGCACUGCGCCGAGUGCAGCUACAAGGCCGAGUGA